AUUUCUCACUUUUUAGACACCGAAGGACACGCAAAAGAGGAAACGGAAGUAUUUAAGACUCCAGAAGUGGUAACUGAUAAAGGGUCGUCCGACGAAAUUUCUCAUGAACAUUCGCUAAACUCUUCCAAGUAUUACCAGCCACCGAGUUGGGCUUGUGUUUGCCCCUCAGAGUCAUGCUACUUCCUUGAGGUGAUAAAGAACGGAACUUCCUUGCCCGAGGCCACUAUUGACCUCUCUAAUAUUGACCACUGCAUCCUUGGACGCCAAUCGGGUCCCUUGCUGAAUCCUCAGAAUCCCACAGGUCGGGUUUCUACCCUCCUCCAUCCCUCCAUAAGCCGUGGACACGCUGUUCUUCAGUUCGGCAAUAACCACGACCUCACGCCUGGUUGGUACAUCUACGACCUUGACAGCACCCAUGGCACUUUUGUGAAUAAGCAUCGCGUUCCACCGGGACGAUAUAUUCGCCUCCGUGUUGGCUACGUCCUUCGUUUCGGCAGCAGUACGCGUCUGCUCAUUCUUAACGGACCGGAAUCCGAUGUUGAAUCGGAAACCCAAGAAACGUGGAGUGAACUAGUAGCGAAAAAAAAGGCAAAAAUUGCGAGAAGGGAACAAAAGAAGGCUCUUAAUGAUGAAAAUGAUGCAAAUGCAUGCAACUGGGGCAUGGUGGAUGACGUUGACGAGGAUGAAAAUGCGUUGCAGCAACGCUUGGCAGAGAGUGGAAACUGUUUGAGUCAUGAGAGCUCCUACAUUGCAGAUCCAAAAAAGGCGUUGAGAGCUUAUUUUGAUCGCGAGGGGUUCGAUCCCUUACCUGAAUACGAAUUCGUAGAAGGUCGUUUUGGCCAGCAGAUAUGUAGGAUUGAGUUGCCAUUGGAGGCGGGGACACUGUUUGCAGAGGUGCCAAUGACCGGUCAGAAACGAAAGGAGGCCACUGUGGCUUGUGCUCUGGAGGCUUGCCGCAUCCUCGAUCGUUUGGGCGAAUUUGAGACCAAUAAAGCAUUGUUUUUCAUCUCUUUCUUCCCUUUCAUUGGCGUUUUCAACGCAGAAGGAGCCGAGGCGGUGAGGCGAGCGCGUGAGAAGGCGUAUUGGCAGUCGAACGACUACUAUUCUUCUGAUGAGGAUACUUUUUUAGACCGUACUGGUCAAAUUGAGGCCCGACGGCGCCGACGGAUGAGACGCAUGGGUGUGGAGGAGGCUGAGAUUGAGCCAACUCCUGAUUCACACUCACAAAAUACUUCUGAAGAGCCACUUGAUUCUCUAUCCUUGUUGGCCACACUAGAGGAAUUGGGAAAGAAGAUAAUUGAAGUGGAGACACAGUUAAAUGCAGCUGAGCGCGCCUUGGAAGCAGCCGGUGAAAAUGCCACUGAAAUGGACGAAUUGGAGGCGUACAUGGAUGCUAUUAAAAGAGGUGCACCGAAGAGGGCAGAACGACAGACACUGAAACGGCGUUUGGUAGCACUGCGGCAAGAGGAGACACGUCUUCUCCGAAAAGUCGGUAUUCGUGGUGGUGGCAACAGCACGGCUCGCUUCUCCUCCUCCGCCUCGUCUGCCGCAGCCACUGCAGUUCGGGCUGUUGCCUCCCAGCAAUCCAGUACUGACAGGUACAUUCCGUGGAAGAGGCUUUGGUGUAGGAAGCAAAUCUGUUUGCAUUGUAGACCGUCCGAGACUCCACACACUGAAAGCAACCUGAAUGCUAUCAAGAGGCAGCUGCCCAAAUUCAACCGCACUUCCUUGCAAAAACGCCAAACGGAGGAGGAGUCCAAGGAGGAAGAAUUUGUCCCCGAAGUUGAGGAGGAUGAUGACAAUGUGGCCACACAGCAAGAGGGCUCGAGUGCUAUUUUAACACCUGUGGAGAAGAUUGCAAAACGGUCUACAACUUCACCCUCUCCACCAUCGGCAUCUGCCGAGCGUAAGGCGCGAGAGGAUGCAGUGGUGUCCGAGGCUGUGACGCCUUCUUUGUCCAAGCAGGAGGUUGUGCAAGUAGAUGAGGAAAGUAAGGUGACACGAAAACUCAUCGGACCACAGAAACUGCCAGACUCGGUUGCUGAUGAAGUGACAGAGGGGGAACAGUUGCCACCUGCCUCGUCGGUGGAGGUUUCCUCCGACCUCUCGCCCUCACCGGAGAAUGGUGGGACUGAAGCUUACGACUACGACAUGAAUGAUCCAAACUUCGCCCUAUGGAUCCCACCGACGGAUCAAACUGGUGAUGGAAUGACCAAACUCAAUGAAAAAUAUGGUUACUGA